AUGUUGGAAAUAAAUCCAAUUUCUCAAUUUAGUACGAAGAGUGAAUUUGAAGUAAAAAAUGGUCAAUCUCAAGGUCAAACUCAAGGUCAUACUCAAGGUCAAACUCAGGGUCAAACUCAAGGUCAAUUUCAAGGUCAUACUCAAGGUCAAACUCAGGGUCAAACUCAAGUUCGAACUCAAGGUCAAACUCAGGGUCAAACUCAAGGUCAAACUCAAGGUCAAUCUCAAGGUCAAACUCAAGGUCAAACUCAAGGUCAAACUCAAGGUCAUACUCAAGGUCAAACUCAAGGUCAAUCUCAAGGUCAUACUCAAGGUCAAACUCAGGGUCAAACUCAAGUUCGAACUCAAGGUCAAACUCAGGGUCAAACUCAAGGUCAAUCUCAAGGUCAAACUCAAGGUCAAACUCAAGGUCAAACUCAAGGUCAUACUCAAGGUCAAACUCAAGGUCAAACUCAGGGUCAAAUUCAGGGUCAAAGUCAAGGUCAAACUCAAGGUCAAACUCAAGAUAAUACUCAAGGUCAAACUCAGGGUCAAACUCAAGGUCAAUCUCAAGGUCAUAGUCAAGGUCAUAGUCAAGGUCAAACUCAAGGUCAUACUCAAGGUCAAACUCAAGGUCAAUCUCAAGGUCAUAGUCAAGGUCAAACUCAAGGUCAUACUCAAGGUCAAACUCAGGGUCAAACUCAAGGUCAAUCUCAAGGUCAUAGUCAAGGUCAAACUCAAGGUCAAACUCAGGGUCAAACUCAAGGUCAAACUCAAGGUCAAACUCAGGGUCAAACUCAAGGUCGAACUCAAGGUCAAACUCAGGGACAAACUCAGGGUCAAACUCAAGGUCGAACUCAAGGUCGAACUCAAGGUCAAACUCAGGAUCAAACUCAAGGUCAUAGUCAAGGUCAAACUCAAGGUCAAACUCAAGGUCAUAGUCAAGGUCAAACUCAAGGUCAAACUCAAGGUCAUACUCAAGGUCAUACUCAAGGUCAAACUCAAGGUCAAACUCAAGGUCAAACUCAAGGUCAUAGUCAAGGUCAAACUCAAGGUCAAACUCAAGGUCAUAGUCAAGGUCAAACUCAAGGUCAAACUCAAGGUCAUACUCAAGGUCAUACUCAAGGUCAAACUCAAGGUCAAACUCAGGGUCAAACUCAAGGUCAUACUCAAGGUCAAACUCAGGGACAAACUCAGGGUCAAACUCAAGGUCGAACUCAAGGUCGAACUCAAGGUCAAACUCAGGAUCAAACUCAAGGUCAAACUCAAGGUCAAACUCGAACUCAAGGUCAAACUCAAGGUCAAACUCAGGGUCAAACUCAAGGUCAAUCUCAAGAUCAAACUCAAGGUCAAACUCAAGGUCAAACUCAAGGUCAAACUCAGGGUCAAACUCAAGGUCGAACUCAAGGUCGAACUCAAGGUCAAACUCAAGGUCAAACUCAGGAUCAAACUCAAGGUCAAACUCAAGAGAGAGAAACACAUAUAAAAGUUUUCGAAAUACGCCUGUCACCGUCAUUGCAACAGACAAGACGUCAUAAUGUGGAACAUACAACUAGCAACAACACCAACAACAACAACUAUAAACGUAAUAAUAACGAAUGUAACAACAACUGCAAUAAAACGCAAGCAACAAAAAAAAAACAUAAAAAGUUUCAGGAAAUACAUCAUCAUCAACAGCAAAACACAAGCAGCAGCAGCAACAGCAACAUUAUUGUCUUAAACUCCAACAUGAACAAUAGUUAG